AUGGGCCUGAGGAUACUACACACAGUGCCUACGGCACGGUGGCGUAUCACCGCGUGCCGCGGCCUGUCGUACGAGCCCCGCUCUGAGGGCGACGACCAGUGGCCGGAACUUUCUAAGCUGGGCCAGACGGGCAAGAUUGAGGCCGAAAGGGGCGACGGCAAUUGGUUCGGCGCGGAGGCCGCGGCGGCCGAGCUGAAGGCGAUACAGGCCAGGGAGCGGGCGGCGCAGGCCGAGACGAAAGACGGCAUGUCCGAGCGGCAGCUGCAGGCCAUCAUGAACCACGCGAACUCCGAGGUCAGCAAUGUGGUUAGCAAGGAGGAGCUGAUGGAGCACGUGGAGAGCUCCAUGGCGCGCGAGCUCACCGUUGAGGACCGUGAGAUGGAGGACUUCCUGCGAAAGGGGAACAAGAUACUCAAAGAAGACGAGGAGUACAAUUUCAAGAAAGCGAAGGGGAGGCUGUUCAAGAAAGACGAGCCAGAGUACGACGUUCCGAAAGACAAGGCUGUGAAGAUCCAAGUGCACAAGCAGGAACAAGCACAAGCUCAAGAGGAAAGCCAGGCCGCCAAGGAUAUCGUGCUAGCGCGCAAGGGGUGGGCCAAGAUCGAGGCGAAGGAGAAGGCGUAUGAGCACGAACGCGGACUGAUGGAGCACGAAAUCGGUGUGAGGCUCUCGAAGCAGGCGGAUGCCAUGCGCCGGGAGGCAGCCAACGGCACCAUAACUGUGGACGAGAUUGUGACUUUGCUCGACGUUACGGCGCAGGAUUACGACAACAUGACCCGCACCAUCGCUGGCUUCGGGCGUACAAAUAUGACCGGCGUGUGGAUCGAGGAGAAGCUGCGAGAGUCUGGCUUGAAGACCGCUGGCGCCUCCGCCAAGAUGCUCGGUGCAGUCAACCACUCGGUGGAAGAGUUCAAGAACAGCCACCGUGACUACGACGAUCAUCAGUUCUUGGCAACAUUGGCCCAUCUCCUCAACGAGACCAAGUCUGAGAUCAUCAGCUUUCAGCAAACAAAGGAUAAGCUCGCAAACCGUCUGCAGCACUGGGAUGGGGCCAACGGCGAGAAGCUCACCUACAAUCUGGCAGUGGCCCUCCAAGGAGUGACAGACAGCGUCGAGUUCAGGAAUCACCUCUUGCAUAUCGACGCGGCCGGCCUGGCACACGCGAGCGUGAGCGAGGCAUGCGAUUUGCUCAGCAACGUCGUCCACGACAGUAUGCAGCCGGCCUACAAGAGCGUCUUGUUGCAGAGGCAAAGGCUCGAUGAAAUGAGCAAGAUCGCUCCGAGCGUCAUCAUGACGCUGCCCUCCAACACUCAGGGCACGAUGGCAAAGCGCACCGCCGCCGUGGUGAACAUGGCCUACGUGGAGCACUUGGCGCUCAUGGAGUCCGCGACCAUGAUCUUGAAAGAGGCCGCGCCGAUUGUCAUGCAGCGCCUUCACUGCAACAUGAAAAGCGCAUCCCCGCGCGCGGGCUUUGUCACCGCCCUCUUCGCCGCUGUCGCGGCCUGGCUGGCGCAGUGA